UGUGAGAAGUACAGCGGGAUUUGGCAUCAUGAGUUCAUUCGACACAGGCAAAUCCGUGUGGGACGAGGUGGAAUUCGACGCUGUUCUCAAUGAGUUCAAUGUGAUCAUUGAUGAUCUCUCUUGCUCUGCAAAAGCUGGUGCUCAGUAUGAGGAGCACUUGAAUCAAAUGAAAAGGAUGUGUGCGACUAGUGCUGCGGAUAGUGGAAUUGAUGACCCAGAAAGCACGGGAUCAUCUGCAAGCAGCAGCUUAAACUGCAGUGUCGAGAAGCUGAACUCCAUAGACACAACAACAAGCAAAGCUAAACUUGGAGACACAAAAGAUCUGGAGGAUUUGAUUGCCGACCUGGAUCAGACGUUAGCAGAGAUGAUGUAGCCAUUGCUGAGAUGCACCAUUGGCCUUCUGCAAGGAAACAUAAGAAAAUUGUAUCAGACCAGAUUCAAACUCAGUGAAGCUUGGCACAAAGUACUUCAACAUUUGCUUGCAAAACCGAAAUGUGUAUGGGUGAAACUGUUUAUCGGAAGCUGCAGAAUUGUGCAGACGAGCAACCUGCACAGGAAGGAAGUGCCUUUUAAAAGCUGACAUACUGUAAUCCAAGUCACUUCUGUUGUUGCAAACCACCUUUGUUUAAUGUUGAAAGUAAUGUCAAAGUUUGCACUUGUGAAACUUAACACAUUUAUCCUUAUCUCAAAACUUCUAAUGUGCAAACUUUUGUGUACAUUUUGUAAAAUAUAUUUAUUUACUUGAAAUUAAUAAACUACCAGAACUCAACAUUUUACUU